AGGGGUGGUGAAGCCCAGCCAGUGAGGACAAGAGCUGCGGGGAAGGACACCGAGGUGACUUGACGGCAGCAGCAGGCCUGAAGGCUCUGGCUGCUUUGGAAGAUAUUUCAAUGAGAUGCAAAUCGCAAUCGACUGACCAUUAGUUUCCACUGCAGUGUUUGCAGGUGGAGUCGAAUGUAACCCCCCGGGAAUGGAGCCGGGAGGGUCAGAGAACGCGGCUGCGCUCUGGAUCUCCGAAGGGGGGCGGGGGCCUGGAAGAGGUCCGGGCCCAGAAUGGACCUCCAGGGCCCUGCUGCCGCAAUCUGGCCCUGCCCUUCAGCCUACCCCUUACUCCCAGAGGAAGGGACCCAGGGAGACCCACCCAGAUGCCCUGAAAGGAGGUGGAGGAUGGGGGUGGGGCAAUACGCAGAGUUUGCCUGGUGAAUGCAGGAAAGGGGUGGGGGCUGGAGAGGAAAAGGAUGGAGCAGCCGUCAGCUUGUCAACUCUGCAUCUGCCGGCUGCCUCGGCCGGGCUCCAGCCUGCGCCCUCGGCCCUUGGAACAGCGGUAUGUCCAUUCUCUCCGCAUUCGUCUCCAUCGUUCAGCCACCACCGCACCCUUUCUCUAUUCAUUUCUCCUGCUCCCCUGUCCUGCCCCGCCCCUCGUGCCCUGGUCCAUCGGUCUACACCCAUGGGCCGAGCCCUCCUCACCAGGGUCCUCCUGGAACCGCUCCGGCCUGGGGCUUGUCCGCGGCUCCCACGGUCCCCGCCCGGCGGGGCACAGAGCGGGAGGGGAGGGGCACUAGCACAACCCACCCUGCGCUGCGCAGCUGCACCCCUUCGCGCAUGGGCGUGGCGUAGCUCAGACCCGCCCCCAGCGUUUAGCGUCUUUUGUCACCCACCUAGCGGGUUUGAUAUAUCCUAA